CCUGCAGGUCCUCGAUCCAUUGGGGGGGGAUGACGACCAUGGGGACCGCAGUGUUCCCCUGCUGGCUGCUGCUUCUGCUGCUCCGCCCGGCUGCUCCCACCUGUUUCCCCACUGACUUCACGCUGUACGUGGAGAGGCCCGAGUGCGACUACUGCGUUGCCAUCAACACAACCAUCUGCAUGGGAUUCUGCUACUCGAGGGACAGCAACUUAAGGGCCAUCGCCGGCCCGCGCUUCCUCAUCCAGACGGGCUGCAACUACGACCGGGUGGAGUACCGCGCGGCGCUGCUGCCCGGCUGCCCCAUGGAGGCCGACCCCGUGUUCACCUACCCGGUGGCUCUCAGCUGCCAGUGCGGGGCCUGCAGGACCGACAGUGACGAGUGCGCGCACAGGGCCGGCGGCGUGGGCGGAGCCAGGUGCACCAAACCAGUGAGGCGCAUCUACCCGUACCAGAGCACCUACGUGACCCCUUUCUGAGUGUUUGGGGGGGGGGGGGGGGGGGGGGACAGCGUGGAUCCAGUGAUGACUGUCCACGCCGCAUAAAGUCAUCCUUACUGUACCAGCCGGUUUAUUGUGUCUCUGCUGUGUGUGUGUGUGUGUGUGUUUGAUCCCAGUGUGUAUUUCUGUCUGCUUGAUUGUUUAUACUCUGAAUGCAACUCAAUUAAAGCUGAGCUCUUUAAAUAGC